UUUUUACCAUUUAGUCUUUAGGAAUGGAAAAACCCCUUUAGCUUUCAUUUGCGUUAAUUGCGUAUCACCUGCGCUGCUGCACAGCGUAUUCAUACUCCGUAUAACUUCAAUCUGAGUUUUUGAGAAGGGAUGAAAAUGGCGAAAAACGCAGCAGAUGCAAGCAGUAACACUGCAGCUGUUCAAGCCACCAAUGACGACGCUUCUGCUAGCAAAUUGUCCUGUGUGAAAAAGGGAUACAUGAGAGAUGACUACAUCCAUUUGUUUGUGAGAAGGCCUGUUAGGAGAUCUCCUAUAAUAAAUCGUGGUUAUUUUGCACGUUUUGCUGCUCUUCGGAAGCUUCUUUUCAAGUUCCUCAAUACUGAUGAACAUAGUAAGAAGCAAGUUCUAUCACUUGGAGCAGGCUUUGAUACAACAUAUUUUCAAUUGCAGGAGGAGGGAAAAGCACCACAUCUAUUCGUGGAGCUGGAUUUUAAGGAGGUGACUAGCAAGAAGGCAGCAUUAAUCGAGUAUCACAAUGAGUUGAGAGAAAAACUUGGUCCAACUGCUACAAUUUCCCGAGAAAAUGGGGAAGUUCUUGGAGAUCAUUACAAACUGCUUCCUGUUGAUUUGAGGGACAUUCCAAUGUUAAAUAAUGUGAUAGGUUUAGCAAACCUUGAUCCUAGUCUGCCAACAUUUAUUAUUGCAGAGUGCGUUUUAAUAUACUUGGAUCCUGAGUCAAGCCGUCCUAUAGUUGGUUGGGCUGCAGAAACAUUUUCUACAGCUGUAUUUUUCCUAUAUGAGCAGAUUCAUCCAGAUGAUGCUUUUGGGGAGCAAAUGAUUCUUAACUUGGAGUGUCGUGGUUGUGGGCUCUUAGGCAUACAUGCUACACCAACAUUGGAGGCGAAAGAAAGGCUUUUCCUUGAUCAGGGAUGGCAGAGAGCUAUUGCUUGGAACAUGCUGAGAGUUUACAGUGAAUUUAUCGAUUCCCAAGAAAGACGCAGGAUUGAGCGGUUGGAGUUGUUCGAUGAGUUUGAGGAGUGGCACAUGAUGCAGGAACACUACUGUGUCGCACUUGCUAUCAACGAUGCCUUGGGCAUAUUUCAGAAGUUCGGCUUUCAUGAGAACGAUGGGAACAAAACCAGCUCCACUUCAGCAAGACCAUGAUCAAAGCAAGGGAGCCAACUGCCGAACUGCCAAGCCCUUAAACUCUCUUGUGUAAGUUUGGUACAUUGAAGAAGUUGUUGAAAUGUGCAUGUUAUUUAGCUCCCAACUUGCACUAAAUUGAAGUGAAAAUGAAAACAAACCAAAAACAAAAAGCAAAAAGAAGCGAAAAGGGGAAAGGAAAGCAAUCCUUUUUUUUUUUUUUUUUAACAAACCCUUUUGUGCAUUAGUCUACAAAAGGAUGAUAACAUGUAGUAUAAUGUGGUCCGUGUAUGAUGUUUGACUUAUGGAGAAGAUCUACAAUUUCUAUUAUUUUGCUAGCUGUUUUGGCAUAAUGAACGUGGUAGGGACCUUUCUCAAAGCACAUACUAUAACUGGUCUCACCAAUGGAGUUGUGGGGACUUUAGUUC